AUGACUGCACGGGAUUUGGAUCUCCUUAUCCCCUGGUGCUCUCGACUGCCCAAUAAUGAACCCCAGGACUGGUAUGUGAAUGCUGCUGGCCUUUUGCAUAGCGUGCACGUUGGCUUCGGUCUUCUUGAUUGUACUCGCCUUCCCAUUUUGGCCCAAAGUUGGACAGCAGUCGGUCCGUUGUGUAUUACUCGGACCGGGUCUGGCCCCAAGAUCACACAAGAUUGGUCCAAAAGACAAGCUGUCGUACCAUCAAGUUCGAACUUCACCCAUAUCAACUCGACCGAUGAUAUCGUCAAUUUUUUAAAAGAUCUUGGUAUUUCAGAACAGAAUCACAAAAAGGUAGCUGAACUGCGUAAAGGAUUUGAGACUGUGCUGAAUUUGAAUGUGACAGACACAUCUGGAACGCUGAGCGGGGAGCUGGACAGUGAACUUUGUCACGUGCGUUUGGUAGAGAAAGUGGUUGUGCACAUCCAAUGGAAGCAGUUAUGUCGUGGAACGACUAUCAUUUGGUUACAAAGUCCUUCGGGUACACAGACAACCUUACUGACUGCACGACCGCUGGAUUAUUACAGCGGUCCAGUUUCCAUGACGUUUACCUCGGUAGCCCAUUUGGGAGAACCAAUCGACGGGGUUUGUGCAGUUUGGGAGAUCGUCAGUGGUGAUGAUCCCUGGAUGUACAAUUUUGAUCCAGAGAACACGAAACAAUCGGCUCAGUAUACGCCGAUUGGUGGGGUACCGUUUCAGAAAUUCCGACGCAAAUGCAGUGUGGCAAAGCAGAUAGUUGCUGUGUUUAUGUACAAAACCGUUCAUGCAGCUACUGUACCGCUCGUACAGAAACCCACAGGCAAGUGUGCCAACAGCAUUAUCCAUGAAUAUCCGGAUACCUUGCGUGGUGUGGUUUAUCAUAUCGAUUUGGAGUUCUGGGGUACAACUGAGGAGGACAGCAGUUACGAAAUGAAUGCUCACUUGCUUUCGGGACUGAUCACUCCAAUUGGAUGGAGAGCUCGAGAAAUGGGGAAGGGAAAGAAGCUGGCCAUCGACGAAAUCAACUCGGUCUACGAAUUUCAACGGGAACUGGCCUUCAAUUUUACCCACCAUUUUAUUGAGGACCAUCUUCCCACGAAAUCAACUCCAAUGUCCGCAUGA